AUGCCCAUCUCUACUCAACCUCAUUUCACCUACACACCCUUACCACUUCCUCCUCAUGUAAAGGCAGAGGCCUUCAAAGAUCUAGGAAGGGAGGUAAAGGGGUACGAUCCCGCCAUUGUCACCCCUGAACAGAUGGAUGAGAUUAUUGAAAUGUUGUAUCGGUAUUCCAUAUUGUUAUUCAAAAAUGUCAAACUCACCCCUAAACAACAAUACGAAAUGACACUUGCCUUUGACCCCGCUGCUCAAAGCUACGGACAUGGCAACAACAAGACUGGGAAAGAGAAAGCAUCGAUACUCCACCCGGACCUCAAAACUAUCCCUCAUCAACCUCAAGUCCAACUUAUCGGGAACGGUAAAGUCCCGGGGAUGUACGAAGGUUUAGACAGCCCUCAAUUGAAACACCCUCAUCAUAAGACAUUUCAUAAAACUCCUAUCUCACAGGAAGAUGAAGAUGCCGGAGCUACGAGGUUUUAUCGAUGGCACAUCGAUGCUGCUCUGUACGCCCUUUCACCACCCAAGGUCACCACACUAUACGCUGUAUCGGUGCCUAAGGGUGCCCCUCAAAUCUGCCGAUAUGACGAUGGGACAGGAGACGAAGUGACCGUACCUCUGGGGGGAACAGCUUUCGUGAGCGGUAAAACCAUGUUUGAUAUCCUUCCCGCAGAGCUCAAGUCGUUGGCCGUGAGAACCAAGGUCAAAUAUGCACCUCAUCCUUACGUCUGGAUGUCAAAAGCCCACGCCUUACCAACUGGGUUGGGUAUCGAGAAUGAGGGUUUGGAGCUGAGUCUGGACGAGUUGCCAGAGUGGGAAGAGUCCAAAGUCAAGUUGUUCCCCAUGUGCUGGAGAAACCCAGUGACCGGUCAUCUCCAUGUCCAGGUUCAUCCAUGUGGCGCUCAAGCACUUCACAUCGACCCUCUCCCGGCGGGUGCGGAUAGAGAUCACGCCUUGUACCCCGAUGGAGGAGAGGUGAAGGAUUUGAAAGAGGUUCGUGAGAUUUUGUACCGUAUCCAGCGACCAGGUAUAGCUCCAGAGCUGGUGUAUGCGCAAGACUGGGACGAGGGAGAUCUGGUCUUGUUUCAUAAUCGUGGCUUGCUCCACUCGGUCGUUGGAGCAUUCAAGGAAGAUCAGUUGAGGAUGUUUCACCAGUGUAAUCUUGCCGCAUCUGAUGAUCCUGUUGGGCCAACGGCAGAAGAUGUGGAGAUGUACGCAUGA